GUGCUUGUGAUAGAGGUUCUAUGGAUGCAGAGAUUCGUCGCUUCAAGAAUCGAGUUAGACAGCAACGAUAUAGAGCCCGUAAACGUGAAGAGAAUGUUAGAAGAGGUGCGUGUGUCGGUCAAGUGGACCACAAUACAUGCCAUGAGGAAAAUGCACCGUCCGUGGACUCGAUAAUCUUGGACAUGCCCAUUGUGGCUAGUCACCUUCCCAAAUCGAGGCGUGGUGCGGAAGCCAUGAGCAUAAAAACCUUUCAAGGGAAGCAUGAGAUUAGAAAACAUGAAGGCAACGAAAAUUGCAGCAACGGAGCUCGAAGAAGUGCAGAUUUUGGAAAUAGGAACAUUGAAAAAUGCCAUGAAGAUGCUGAAUCUUUCGAAGCUAAAAGCCAAACCAUACCGCAACAAGAUGGCUGCACUCAGAUGUCUGGAAUGAAUGUUCAAGGAAAUGCAGAUUUUAGUCAUGGUGUCCAACAUGAAUUCCCUGCACCAAAGAUUUUACAAUCCUUGUACAAAAUGGAUGAUGGUUCUAGUCCGGAAGCUCGUGAUGACAUUAUGGCCCGCCGCCUGAAGAACAGAGAGCGGCAACGUAAAUAUAGAGCUCGGAAGCGCCUUGAAGCAGAUAUGAGAAAUGCACACCUAAGAAAUCAACCCGCUUCAUUGCAAAUCGAUUUCCAACCAAGGGGGGUCAUUAGAUUCGAGUCCCGCGUAAAUCACCACCGUCGAGAUUGGAAGAAAGAUGCACGAAAAGCUCAUGUGUCAAAAUCGCCAGAAAUCAUACCGCUCGGACUUCAGGUCACUGAUCUAGAUUCGACAAGUGAAUGCAAUGCUCAUGCAAAAGAAGUGCCACCUUCAGAGCCUGCAGUGAGUGAGAGUGCAACCGAAGCUAACAGAUGUCUGCACCGGCGAAGAGAUUGGAAAGCGGCUGCUAGAAAUAAGGUGUGUUGAAGUGCUUACGAGGAUUACCGUUGAAUCACACAUCUUCGGGUAACUGGUGGGCCAUCCACUAGAUAAUUUUUACAAUUUACAAGUACAAUUAGAAAUCCAUUUUGUGGGCAUUCUAUCAGAUAUCGAAGAGCUCAUACUCCUGCGGUGCGGCUACUUUUCUGCCGUUUUGAUUACUCACUGCAGUUACUGAUUUGUAGAUGUGGUAUAGUUGUUGGAGCAUUUGGAAUUUUGAAUGAGAUGGGAGUGGGGAGUUACCCAAAUUACAAUUUAAAAGGAUUAGAAGUGUUUUAAAUACUAGAUUAAAGCUUAAUCUUGAUCAUCAUUGCUACACAAGGUCAGUAUGGUAAAGGCAUAUCGUGGUCGAUGUAU